AUGAGCUAUCUUCGAAAACGCCUUGUCGUAUGUUUGGAUGGCACAUGGGUGAACAGCGAUGAAGGCUACAACCGUCCGACAGCCAGUGACCCAAACUAUUCUCUUCAAGUGCCCACCAAUGUGACUCGACUUUAUCGAGCGCUGAAGAAGACUGGCUCUGAUGGCAUGAGCCAGAUCGUGUACUAUCAUCCCGGGGUAGGCACCUCUGGAUCAUUUCUGGAUGAGCUUGCCGGAGGAAUCUUUGGAGCUGGGGUAGACGAGAACAUUCGGGAGGCCUACAGUUUCAUUGCAACAAAUUACGAGCCAGGCGACGAGAUCUUUCUUAUAGGAUUUUCCCGCGGAGCAUUCACGGCACGCAGCGUGGCUGGACUGAUCACCCAGAUCGGACUUCUUAACUCCAAAGGAAUGGAGUAUCUCUACCCUAUAUUUAAGGAUGCGGAGAACAUCAGGGAUUUGAAUUACAAAGACAAAUUUCCCACAAUACCAUUUCCCAACAAACCUCGAAGCCGACGAGAGUACAGGCUUCGUCUAGAAGACGAAGGUCUCACACGUCUCACUGACCCCGAUGGCUAUACCAUCAAAGUCCGCUGCGUUGCCGUGUUCGAAACAGUAGGCAGCUUGGGAAUUCCUGACACGAAUCUGUCAACGAAACUCAGAAUUCCUCGUUCUGCCUCAAAUUACGCACACGCAAAGCUGACCUUCAGUACAUGUAAAUGGUACGAUACAUCACUCUCCAACACCGUGGAGCACGCCUUUCAAGCCCUCGCCUUGGACGAGGUCCGCACCUCGUUCGCACCUGCUGUCUGGGAGAGGCCGCGGGGUGUCCAUACAGACUUACGACAAGUCUGGUUCUGUGGUGCCCACUCGAAUGUGGGCGGAGGUCUUCCCGACCAGGAGCUUGCUAACGUGAGCAUAGCCUGGAUGAUGGACCAACUGUCUGAACUGGGUGUGGCUUUCGAAGAGAGCACAAUUGAUACGAUCUUCGAGGCAAGUGUCAAGUAUUACUACGACCAAGCUUUCGACGGCAAGCAAAGUGAAGAUAGCUCACCUAGCAAAAGAUGGAAGCAAUGGGCCGAGGAGUCGAUCUAUGAGGAGCACAAGCCCGUCAGACCCUGGGGACUCGGCGAGAUAGUCCAGUCCGCGAUUGGAAUAUACAAACUUGCCGGCAAGACCACCCGCACGCCGGGAAUGUACCAUCGUAUCGAUCCGAGAACUUCAUAUCCCACGCGCGAGUUCCUGGAAGGUACUAAUGAGCGCAUACAUCGAUCCGUGCGAAUCCGGCUCGGUCUCGAGGGACUGGGUUUUGACGACAACGGCUUGUACAAGUGCCGGGCGUUGCUGAAAAAGGGCCCGUGGAUUUUGGAAAAGGUGCGAGUGAGAUCAAGACUUGGAGAGAGACAUAGAGAUGGGGUGGAAAGUGAACAGUAUAGUGAGGAAAUGCGUUGGGCGUGGGUCUAUAAUGGACCCGCCGAAGGGGCGCCGCCAAAGGACAUUAUGCUGGAGGAGGUCCUUGGCCCAUACGAGAAGAGACUCCUCAGUUUGAACAAAGGUAUUUCAGAUGAUCUGUUUUGA